AUGUCUUAUUUGAACCUUUUCAGCACUCGCGAUGACGAGCUGGCCCCAAAGUCCUGGGCAACAGUACAGAACCAUGAGGGAUACAAGGUCUCCCGCAAGCGCGGCACAGUCCGGUUAUGCUUGGAUCGACCUCAUCGGGGAAAUUCAUUAACAUUCACCAUGAUCAAGGAGAUAACUUCGCUGUUCAAGCAGCUCUCAAUGGACGACUCGGUGCACCGAAUCAUUGUUACUGGUCGUGGCAGCUACUUUUGCACCGGCAUGCAUCUGAAGGAAGAUCUCUUCAUAUCCGUUGCGGAGCGGUGCAAUGCGCUUCAAGAACUUUUUUCUACUAUCGAUACUUGUCCCAAAACAACGAUGGCGGUAAUCAAUGGCCCGGCCUUUGGUGGAGGUGUUGGCCUGGCUACUGUUUGCGACGUACGCAUAGCCUUGUCCACUGCCUUCUUUUGCUUAAGCGAAGUCAAGCUUGGCUUGUGUCCCGCAACGAUAUCAAAAUUCCUGGUACGCGAAUGGGGAAUCAGUUUCGCUAGAAUGGCGAUGCUUACUGGCCGGAGGGUGAAAUCGCAGUUGCUGUACGAUGCAGGAAUCAUACAUGCUCUUGCGGUGGAUAUUGAUGCUUUGGAGAAGGUUGUGGAGGAGUUCUUGGACGACCUGAGGCUUGCGGCUCGGCAAGCUGCUUCACUAUGUAAGAUGAUGGUUCGGGAGGCUGUGAGUGGUCAUAAUGCCGACAUAGACAAAAUGGCCGGCGAAGUAUUUGAAACCAUGUUAGCUCAUGGAUCAGAGGCAUCGCACGGAAUUGCACAAUUCAAGAGGGGGGUCAAGGAUAUAGUCUGGGAGGACUUAGUUAAAGAUGGUAGACCAACAUCGCCAUGA